AUGACGGCAUCUUGCGCGCCACGCACGGCGCCUCCCUGCCGCCCCGAGAGCCACUUCUCGGGCCUCGUUGGGGUCCUUUUGGGGGCCCUAGUGCUCCUGCUGCCCGUGUCCUCCGAUGCCUGUGGUGAUCCACCAAGAUUCAAUUCUAUGAAGCUGAAGGGUGUCGCUCAAUCCUCUUAUAGUCCUGGGGACACAAUAGAAUAUGAGUGCCGUCUAGGAUACGUGCUCAAGAGACCUCCUCCUCCUACCUCUACUGUCUGUCAGUCUGAUAACAUAUGGAAACCUCUCCAGGAGGCUUGUAGAAGAAAAUCAUGUCCACAGCCAGGAGAACCCAUAAAUGGCAAAGUAGAAUAUGUAAAUGGAACUUUGGAGUUUGGUUCACAGAUUCACUAUGUUUGUAAUGAGGGUUUUAACUUAGUUGGACCAAAAAUUCUAUAUUGUGAACUUGGAGAAAUUGCAAGUUGGAGUGACAAUCCCCCAUUAUGUCAAGAGAUCUAUUGUAGACCACCUCCAAAAAUACAAAAUGGAAAAUACACCAGAAGCGACCAGGAGCAAUUUAAAUACAAUGAAGUGGUAACUUAUAGUUGUGAUCCUUCAAAUGGAACAGAUGAAUAUUCACUUGUUGGAGAGAGCAGUCUCAUUUGUUCUAGGAAUGACACAUGGAGUAGUGACCCUCCUGAGUGUAAAGUGGUCAAAUGUGUAUAUCCAGUACUUGAAAAUGGAAAACCGGUAUCAGGAUUUGGACAAAAAUUUUACUACAAAGCAACGGUCGUAUUUGAAUGUCUCCAGGGUUUUUUCCUCAAUGGCAGCAACACUGUUGUCUGUGGCGCUAACAGUACUUGGGAGCCUGCUAUGCCCACGUGCAUUAAAGGUUCCACAUCUUCUCCUACAACCAGGCCCCCAAUUUUAAGUCAUCCGGCACAUCCCACUGAUGAAUUACCACCACCUAAGAAGGAACAUUUAGGUGGAGGAAUCAUUGCUCUGAUUGUUAUCUGCGUACUUGGUGCUGUUGGAGGAAUUGGCGGCUACGUCCUGUGGAGAUAUCGUCGCACCAAGAAGAAAGGGGAAGCAGAGGUUAGCACUGCAUACAGCACUUACCAGAAUAAAUCAACCAUUCCAGCAGAUCAGGCGCUCUAAAUGGUUUCCACAAACCAGUGCAUCAGUUUAUCUUUUGAUUCUGUUAAAAUGUUAAGAUCUACAGUAAGUUCAUAUAGCUACUAUGGAAAACAGUAUGGAGGUCCCUCAAUAAAUGAAAAAUAGAACUACCAUAUGAUCCAGCAAUUCCACUUCUGGUUCUUGACCCAAAAGAAACUAAAUCACUAUGUGAAAGAGAUAUCUUCACCUCCUUGUUUAUUACAGCAUUAUAUAUAAUAACCAAGACAUGGAAACAACCUAAGUGUCCAUUGACAGAUGAAUGGACAAUAUGGUGUGUGUAUAUAUAAUGGAAUACUAUUCAGCUGUAAAAAAGGAGUCCUGCUAUUUGUGACAUGGAUGGACCUUGAGGGCAUUAUAUUAAGUGAAAUAAGUUGUAUAUAUAGAGAGAAAUACAGUAUGAUCUCAAUUAUGUAGGGAAUCUUAAAAAACUAAAACUCAUAGAAAAAGAAAUUAGAUUUGUGAUUGCCAGAGGCAGUGGGGGCACGGUGGGGGUGGGGGGUAGAAUUGGGUGAGGCUGGUCAAAAUGUGCACACUUCCAGUUAUAAGAUAAACAAGUACUGGGAUGUAAUGUACAGCAUGGUAACUAUAAUUAGUAAUACUGUAUUGUAUAUUGGCAAGUUGCUAAGAGAGUAGAUCUUAAAAGUUCUGAUCAUAAGGAGGAAAAAAAAUUUUUUUGUAACUAUGUGAGGUGAUGGAUGUUAACUAAAUUUAUUGUAGUAGUCAUUUUGCAAAAUAUAUUUAUCAAAUCUUUAUGUUGUACAGCUUAAACUCAUAUAUGUCAAUUAUAUCAAUAAAACUGGAAGAAAAAAAUUUACAAAAGUUAUUCUGUUGUUUCUUUCACUGUCAUGAAUGCAAUUGUUAAGAAAUAAUGACAACAUUUUAAUGUGGUUUGAAUGUAGUCACCAUCCUUUGAUGCUCCUUUGAAACAUGAAUGAAUUUGGAUGUGAACAUCUUGCCUGUUUUCCCAUAAAUAACACUUGCAUUUAUACGGCAAGUCACAACAGUAUCCCUGGUAGCAUUAAGAUGGGGAAAUGAUGUUUUUUAAUAAAAUCUCCAUUUUAGACAAGUAUAGUUCAAAAUGAAAUUACAUUUCAUUCAUAAAGAAAGUGAUUUUGAAAUCUUUUUUGUUCAAAGAUUAAUGCCAACUCUUGAUUCAUUCUUUCAACAAAUCUAAAGUGGGGUUUAUAUAUUGUUUAUUGUAAAGAGUCUUUACGAAUAUGUGUCUACUCCUUCAGACCUUAAAAUUUAAAAACAAGAACACUGAAAACUGGGAUUUUGAACAAGUUUGACUUCCUUAAUUAAGAAUACUAUUGGAAAAUACUCUUCAAGUUAAAAGGGUAAAAUUCUACUUUGUAAAAAAUUAUUUGUAACUUCUUGGUGAUGUAAAGAAGCUGUAACGUUUAUGGAUGGCGUUUGUUCUUCACCUUUUUUAAUAUCAAUAAACCAGUCUAAGGAAUCAGUAAGGAUUCAGAA